AUGUCCCAGCAAAACUACAAAGAUGGUACGGUGAAGAAGCCGAACGUAGGCGAUUGCAUCUAUUUCAUUCGAAAACUUCGUCACUAUGCUUUACGGGCGGAUGAGGCGAUCUUCGAGACCGAAUCCGGUCAACCCGAUCCGAGCGCUCUCGAGAGAAUGCAAGAAGUCACUCGCUUCUACGAGCAAAUCGAAAAUUAUGCUAAACAAUUGCCACCGAAUGUCGCGGGAGCGAUGGAGAAGAUGGAUCUGCUGAAGAGCAUUUAUCAGGAAGAGCAAAACGAUCUGAACACCCACGAGCUUGUCGAGAGUUUCAUCGACACAACCAAUUGGACCGAAUGCAUAUUUACUCGUUACGUGUAUCUCACCGAGUUUCACCGCUAUCGACCGUACAGUCGAAAAACGACGGCGAUGAUCCCGAAACAUUUGCCGUAUUCGAAUUGGGGAGCCGAGGAUGCGAACAAACAUCCGCAUAAGCUUUUCGAGGCAGCUUUUGCACAGCUUCAACUCGAUUUGAAAAACAUGAAGCCUCGAUCGGGAAUCGUGCCCACAUAUUUGGAACAAAACAGUAUGUCAUCGAUUAUUGAGCUCAAAUUUGGCUUCUUUUGCCCGACACAGAAGAACACGUUCAUCUGCUCACAAAAGAUGUUAUUGGUGGAGGAAUUCGGGUAUUUCGAGAGCCUUCAAUUCAUCGCUCCACACGAGGAAUGGGCGUACAACGAGGAAAUGGGAGAAAAAAGGGUCGAUCUAACCAAGGAAAGCCAAUAUUUAAUUUUCCGAAAGCUCACGAUUCAGGGAAACGUUCAGCUCACUCAUACAAUUCAUCCAUAUUUGACGUCAAAUGCGAUGAAGAACCUCUUCAUGCAAUUGGGCAAAUAUCAAGAAGUUUUUCGGGCACAAUGCAAAUAUUGCAGAAAGCACAUGAAAGAUUUCAUGCCUCCCUACGUCGUCCUUGCUGCAAAGCAGACGCAAUUCGAUUUCGCGCAUGAGACUUAUAAGCUAUUUGGCGAAAAAUUUUCAACCAUCAACAUCUGUUGCAGAAUUGCGAUAUGGCACUUUCUUUCGUGGAUCGUUCAUCCCUCGACUGCGCAUUUUGAUGCUGAAGUGAUUGAUGGAGAGCUUCACUACGUAAAUUUCAUUGGCGGACACGAGAAUUGGCCAAUCGAUGACGACUGCUGGGGAAACAGGGAAUACUUGUUACGUCGUAAUUUGAAUCUGAUCUUCACUAAGUUAAAUAUCACUUAUGAGAGUCGCUACCACGUCUACAAAUCACUUACGAUUCGUGCAAAUGAGCUGCUUAACAAAUUGUCCGAUUCAUCCUUCUCGACGAAUCCAAACGACAUGGCUAAGAUGAACUAUACAUUAGCAAAGUUUGGGGACGUUUUUUACAAUACGUGCACUGGUUGCCAGAAAGCAGACAGAAAUCGCGAUUGGGAAGAUUGUCUGCAGCAAGUGAUCGCGUUCGACUCAGUUGAAGAUUUUUGGUCGCUGUUCUACAACAUUGCCGCGCCAUCAUCACUCAAUUGGGGCUCUGACUACUAUCUUUUUAAAGAGGGUAUUCGUCCAAUGUGGGAGGAUAAGCAAAACCAUAAAAGGAAACAAUUCCUCGACGAUUACUGGCUCGAGCUUCUGAUGGCGAUUGUUGGCGAGCAAUUUGGCGACUAUGGAGACCACAUCUGUGGGGCGGUUUUGAAUGUACGCAACAAGGGUGACAAGAUAUCACUAUGGACACAUGAUGCUUCUCAGGAUUCGGUGAACAGUCAAAUUGGCAAAAUUUUCAAAGCUAAGAUGAAUGUGCCUGACGAGGAAAUUAUCAAAUACGAAGUGCACAAAGAUGCUAGCAAAAGGGCGUCAUCGAUUGUUAAGCCUCGGAUAACAAUUCAGGGAGAAUCUAUCGUCUUCGAGCACAACAACGAUCAGCACAAACCACAGCCAACUGCAGCAACCGUUGAAACAAAAGGA